CAAAGCUGCGGCAGGGGCGCCCCCUGUGCCCCGAGGCCCGGGGUUCCAGCCCGGCUCACCCGGCCCGCGGCCAUGGAGCUCCGAGCAGCGGAUCAAGAGCAGCCGGCGGGUCCCAACCUGCCCGCGCGGUGCCUGGCUCCCACCCCUUCCCAGGCCUGGAGACAGCAGCCCCCCUGCUGCUGAGCGGCAGCCACAGCAUGAAGGCUCGGGGUCGGCUCCUGCUCGUCAUCCUGUGCUCUGCGGGCUUCUCUGCUGCCUAUAUCCUGCUGUGCUUCUGGGCCUGCCUGCCCUUCUGCCUGGCCUCCUGCCUGGGCCCCCACCUCUCCAACUCCAGGCCCACAGCGCCAGGGCCCCUGCACUUCAGUGGAUAUAGCCGAGUGCCAGAUGGGAAGCCACUGGUCCGAGGGCCGUGCCACAGCUGUGCCGUGGUGUCCAGCUCCGGCCAGAUGCUGGGCUCAGGCCUGGGCACCCAGAUCGACGGUGCUGAGUGCGUGCUACGCAUGAACCAGGCGCCCACCGUGGGCUUCGAGGCGGACGUGGGCCAGCGCAGCACCCUGCGCGUGAUCUCGCACACGACCGUGCCGCUGCUGCUGCGGAACUACUCGCACUACUUCCAGCAGGCCCGCGACACGCUCUACGUGGUGUGGGGCCAGGGGCGGAACAUGGACCGCACGCUGGGCGGCCGCACCUACCGCACGCUGCUGCAGCUCACCAAGAUGUACCCGGGCCUGCAGGUGUACACCUUCACCGAGCGCAUGAUGGCCUACUGCGACCAGGUCUUCCAGAACGAGACGGGCAAGAACCGGAGGCAGUCGGGCUCCUUCCUCAGCACCGGCUGGUUCACCAUGAUCCUUGCCCUGGAGCUAUGCGAGGAGAUCGCAGUCUAUGGGAUGGUCAGCGACAGCUACUGCAGGGAAAAGAGCCACCCCUCAGUGCCUUACCACUACUUCGAGAAGGGCCGGCUAGACGAGUGUCAGAUGUACCUGGCACACGAGCAGGCGCCCCGCAGCGCCCACCGCUUCAUCACCGAGAAGGCCGUGUUCUCCCGCUGGGCCAAGAAGAGGCCCAUCGUGUUCGCCCACCCGUCCUGGCGGACCCAGUAGCGCCGCUGCCCAGCCGGCCGCACCGCCUGUGCCAGGCCUCCGUUCCAUUCACUCAACCAAAACCUUUAAUUUAUGGAUCCUGCCUCUGCCACAUGCCGGGUGGACCUACGGCUCCUUCCUGCCCUGCCGUGGGGACACCUGGAGCCCCAUCGGGCCUCCAGACUUGAAGGGGAGAAGAGGGGGCCAUGGUGACCUGUGUACACUCCUCCCACCCCCACUCCCUGAAUAAGCUGAACCUUUUUUUAUUUUUAAUAUUUUUUAUUGAUUUCAGAGAGGAAGGGAGAGGGAGAGAGAGAGAGAGAAACAUCAAUGAUGAGAGAGGAUCAUUGAUCAGCUGCCUCCUGCACGCCCCACACUGGGGAUCGAGCCCGCAACCUGGGCAUAACCAUGACCUCCUGGUUCAUAGGUCAACACUCAACCCCUGAGCCACGCCGGCCGGGAAAUAAUCUGAAUCUUAACUUUGGGGUUCAUCCCACCUCAGUGUCUGUCCAGUGGCCUUUGCUCCCAGGGCUGAUGGUCCCCCACUCACCAGCUUCGUGACCUUCAACCUUGUACCAGCCCGGGCCCUUCCUCUCUACACUCCCCCUCCACCACCUUUGGUGCCACACUUCCCAAGCUGGUUGCCCCGGUCAGGGCAGCCCAGAGCUUGGUGUUUGUUGGGUGAAGGGGCCUUUGAACUGUGACCUGCCAGGGCCACCUCGAGUGUACGGGUAAACGUGUUUUCUGGAA